CUAAUAUAACGUGUUUCAAAAUAUUCAUAUUAUAAGUUAUCACCGUAUUAUUAGGAUUUAAAAUUAAAGUUGAGUAGAAACCAUACUAGAUGUCGCUGCCAACUGCUCCAAUUUAUUUCUUGACAAUCAAAUGUCAUUAGACCGUCUCGCUCAUCUUCCACACGCAAUUCACGCAUCCCGCUCGCACAAACUAAAACAAUUAAAUUCAUAAUCACAAAAAAAUUACGUACGUGCAUUUAACUGUGUUGUUCUGUGAGUAAAUAAAAUAUCAACAUGGCUCAAAAAUGGUGUAAAUUAGCGUAUGCGUUAUGGAUCUUUCGAUCUUUUAGCGCUCGAAGUGCUAAACAAUAAGUCAUCAUAACAAAGGUAACGAAGAUGUUCUAGUAAAACAAAAGGCGUCCUUCACACAUUAGUGAGGCUCAUUUGUUUGAAUUAGUUAUCUGAACACGCCCCCGAUAAAGAGGUGAUUACUGGUAUCAUGUAAGUACUUAGCACUCGGUUCCCCGCUCACGAAUAACAGGUGGUGGUCGCUUAUAAUACCUAACUUUCCGGACAGGGACUAACAGCUUACUAAUUUAAGCUCAACAUGGCUAAUACCAAGAUUAGACGUAAAAAGAAUAAAGAUGAUAAAUCAACAGGUCAGCGUAUGAAGAAGGCAAUGAGACUUGACGAAGUUGAAGAAUUGAAGUUUUUAUCCCAUGAAGAAAGAAUACAAUAUCUUAUUAAAAAUGGUCACUUAAUUAAAGACGAAAUUUUUAAUGCUGCAGCGUUAAAGAAAAACAAUUUGGAAAAGGAAGCAUUGGUCAGAAAACCUCGAGCUAAAAAUGACAAACUCAUAUCGAAAACUGGAAAACUCAAAAAUAGAAAUAAGCACAUCAAGUAUAUGGAUUCUAUUUUAAUGAGUGAACUGCUCAUUAAGCAAGCUCCUAUAGCUAAGAAAAAAAACAGUGGAGAUAACAAUAAUGAUAAUGAGUUAAGUGACCAAAAUAACAGUGACGGCUCAAAAAGUAAACAAAAUGAAAGUGAUAGAAGUAUUGAAACUACACAAAAUAAUAGUAAAAUUAUUGAAAUUACUAUUGACUCAGAUGAGACUAUUGAUUUAACAGAGACAGCUCAAAUAAAUGUCAAAAAUGAAGCAAAGAUUCUAGCUAAGCAAAAGCAGAGAAAUAUGGUUGAAAUUUGUAUUGAUACAAAUAAUCCUGUUAUUCCACAAGGCCAAGAUGAAAAAGCUAAAGGGAAAAGAAAAAAUUCUAUCCUCGCAGAAAGACUGGAACAAAUGAAAACAGUUAAACUUAGCACUGGAGUUUCACUUUCUAUGGAAUAUUAUCAAUGUGACCAUUGUCAAACAAAGUUCUGCCAGAAAUCUUCUCUCCGGAGACAUAUGUUAAUGCAUCUGAAUUUACAACCAUACACAUGCCCGGAGUGCCCAACUAGACAUUUCCGGCAGCGGGGAAACUGGAGGGCCCACAUUCGCCGGAGACACCCACAACUUUUCAUAAAAAUUAAGUAUGAGUGCAUAGUAUGCAGAAAACCGUUUGUCUCGCUUGAAGACUUAAAGCGCCAUAAAAAGGAGCAUGUGAAAAAGAAGCGAUACACAUGUGUGUUUUGCGAGAAAGUCUUUAAAAGGAAGUCACUUUUGGCAGACCAUGAGAAACAUCACAUGGCACCGGGGCGAUACAAAUGCACAAUGUGCUCUAUGAGUUACGACUCCCGUAUACUCUAUUCUGACCAUUUGAAAACGCAUGCAAAAGUGGAGGAUAAAUUUCAUUAUUCUUGCCAAUAUUGCGGGAAAUCCUACUUAAGGCCCAGUUCCAUUGCAAGGCAUAUCCGAGUUAGCCACGGCGGAAUGAGGAUGCAGUGUCCAAUUUGUAAGAAGUUAUUGAAAGGGCAUCUAACUGAGCAUAUGCGAACACAUGAAAAUGAGAGACCGCAUGAAUGUGAUGUGUGCGGGCAGAAAUUCACUCAGUCGACCCAGCUGACAGUCCACAAGCGCUCCCAUACUGGUGUUAGACCAUAUCCUUGCCGAAUCUGUAAGCAACCUUUCUCACAUUCUAACGCUCUAAUGCUCCAUAUUAGACGGCAUACUGGAGAAAAGCCAUUUGCAUGUGCUAUGUGCCCGCAAACAUUCUCUCAGCUACCACAUAUGAAAGCUCAUAUGCGCAGUAUACAUAGUAAAACUGAAUUCUACAAAUGCGCUAAGUGUAACACGUUUUUCAAGCUUAAGGCUCUACUUGAAGCGCAUGCAGAAGAAUGCGGGCCUGUCGAGAGCCUUAAGAAACCGGAAAACAAAGACAGCAUGCUGGUGUCAAAAAUGAGGUUCCAUCUCGCUCUACUUUUCACUAUGAUCGCCUCUAAAGAAAAGCUGAAUGACCUAGGUUUCAACAAGCGACUCAUCGACGAUAUCCUCGUCGACUCGAUCGAGGCCAUGGGUUUAGCGCCCUGUAAAGACAAGAGUUUAGCUCCGUUUUCGCGUCUGAAGACCAACGCGCUCAUGUUGCUGCAAGGUACCGUGCCCAAGCCACAGAUGGCGCUGUUCGUCAAGGAGGAGAAAACUACGGAGGAGAUAUUGGAGUUGCUGACUGAUGUUAUGAAUUAGGUUAUGGUUCUCGUUGGGUGUAUUAAAAUAAGGACGAUGAGCACGAACAAUUUCGUACAACCCGCCUGUUCCUAUUUAUAUCGCACUGCUGUCUCACUCGCACAGUGGCGGACCGCCGGCAAAGGUAAUAUAUAGGAUAGAGGGUUACUUUCAUAGUAAAUUUUGUAGUGACAGUAAAUUUACUGCCAUCUAUCGACGCACGAUUAAAACUAAAAAUGAAAAUGUUUAAAAAUACCAAAAAAUGUAUAUAUGUAUAUAAAUGAUUUUUUUAUUUGUAUUUAUUAUUUUUAUAUAAUUUUGGACCCAUGUUCUUUCACUAGUAUGUGUUAAAAUUGUUAAAUAUUAAACGGGGUCGUCAACGCCAUCUAGUCGAGAAUAGGCCAAAGGUGUAGGCGCCAUCUAUCCGGGAAUCAAUUUUUCUUGAUUUCCGAGGCACAUUUUUUCCUUGCACUGUAUUCAUCUUUUACGCAGUUACAUAGGUCUUUGCCGCCGGCAUGAUCGGCGGUAGGGUAGGGUAGGAAACAGUGGCUCGGGAAUAAAUUGCCGGGUACAGUGCCUCACUCAACCUAAUUCCAACAUGAUAGAGGCGAUAUUGGGGCGACUGAGCCACUGUUUCCUACCCUACCCUACAGGCCCUACAGCAAUAUAAGUAUGCGCGUGCGAAGAUAAAAAAAGGCGGGUCGAUGUACCAAAUUCUUCGUGGUUAGUGUCUUUACUUUAGAAAGUUUAGAAGGUAGCGUCAUUCUCGUAAGUCCUAUUGAUGACUGAGGAUAUCACAAAUUUGAUAGAUUCAAUCAUUAAAACUGCCACGCUAUGUUUAGGUAAAGCCCGACCAGAAAUUUAUUAUCAUUGUCAAGAGGGCGCUGUUAUUCUCAUGUAUAUGGUAACAGUUCAGUUUAGUAUGAAAAAUUUAGUUCGAAUGAAAUUCCGCAAUAUGGCGCGUGAUCAUAUUGGUCAGGCUUUACUUUAACAGAGUACUAAUACUAAAUUUCCAAAACUAACUGUUCUGUCCAGUUAUAUUUUAUUUAAUUAUGAGUGUAAAUUAAUUUAUUAAGUAUUAGUUAGGCGGCAUUUAAAGUUAGCCUACCCGAGGUUUUCAUCGAUUUUUGCCAAGUUUUAAAUCGUAUCUCCUACUUUUAAUAAUAAUAAAUCCAUUUAUUCAAGACAACAUAGGUCCAAAACAAUCAUAUUACAAUGUUACAGAAUAAAAAAAAAUGCACUACACAUAGAUUUAUAAAACAAACGGCUAUCGGUUCUUCAAACUUUUAUCUCCAUUGUCUACCGGAUUUUUAAAGAAAUUAAUACUUAUUUACGAUUUUUACAAACAUUAAAAAUAGUGAUGUACCGACU